AUGUCGCUCAUGGUCAUCAGCAUGGCGUGUGUUGGGUUGUUCUUGCUGCAGGGGGCCUGGCCACACAUGGGAGUCCACAGAAAACCUUCCCUCCUGGCCCACCCAGGUCCCCUGGUGAAAUCAAAAGAGACAGUCAUCCUGCAAUGUUGGUCAGAUGUCAUGUUUGAGCACUUCCUUCUGCACAGAGAGGGGAUGUUUAACGACACUUUGCACCUCAUUGGAGAGCACCAUGAUGGGGUCUCCAAGGCCAACUUCUCCAUCGGUCGCAUGACGAAAGACCUGGCAGGGACCUACAGAUGCUACGGUUCUGUUACUCACUCCCCCUAUCAGUUAUCGGCUCCCAGUGACCCUCUGGACAUCGUUAUCAUAGGUCUAUAUGAGAAACCUUCUCUCUCAGCCCAGCCGGGCCCCACGGUUCUGGCAGGAGAGAGCGUGACCUUGUCCUGCAGCUCCCGGAGAUCCUAUGAAAUGUACCAUCUAUCCAGGGAGGGGGAGGCCCAUGAAUGUAGGCUCCCUGCAGUGCGCAAGGUCAACAGGACAUUCCAGGCAGACUUUCCUCUGGGCCCUGCCACCCACGGAGGGACCUACAGAUGCUUCGGCUCUUUCCGUGACUCUCCCUACGAGUGGUCAGACUCGAGUAACCCACUGUUUGUUUCUGUCGCAGGAAACCCUUCAAAUAGUUGGCCUUCACCCACUGAACCAAGCACCAAAACCGGUAACCCCAGACACCUGCACGUUCUGAUUGGGACCUCAGUGGUCAAAAUCCCUUUCACCAUCCUCCUCUUCUUUCUCCUUCAUCGCUGGUGCUCCAACAAAAAAAAUGCUGCUGUAAUGGACCAAGAGCAUGCAGGGAACAGAACAGUGAACAGGGAGGACUCUGAUGAACAAGACCCUCAGGAGGUGACAUACGCAUAA